AAUAGUGGGUAAAACCCCUUACCUCAUACUUGUGCUCUUUGCAGACUUUACCAGAGAAUGAAGUGUCCUCAGUGCAAUCAUGUGUCUUUGGAAAAGGCACCAAACUUCUGCAGUCGGUGUGGCUGUAAGCUGACGUCUCAGUCAAAUGAGACAGCAGCAGACAAGCCACAAGACGAGUCUCAAACAUCCUCAAACAUUCCACACAGUACCAAUGCAGAAAUUACUGAUAUUGGUCGUGAAUCAGAAGCUUUGAAUUACCAGAUUGCCGGUGUAUCUUCAAAACGACCAAAUGAAGAUAUAAACCCUAACCCAAAGAAAAAGAAAAGAAAGAAAAAGAAGAAAAAAGCAGGUGAUGCAGAGGGGCCUUCGUCUCUGACCUCUGAUCUCUCUGAUAUAUCGCUGAAUGAUAAAGAGAAGAAAAUGGAGGAAGACCAAUCUUUUGAGAGUGAUGGCUCCUACUGCUCUGUAGAUGACAUGCCUAAACCAGCUGAAUCAUCCUCUCAUCUGAGCCCACCAGAGAAUGAAUCCACUGGGGCAACACAACUCAGCACAACUUUACCCCAUGCUGGUGUAGAUCAGUCUGUUGAGCAGUCAAAUAGUAGCAAGGAGAGUUGUGUAGCACCUGGAAUGUUAAAAUCAUCUAAGUUAAAUUUGACCCAAGAGCCAAUCAGCACCAGCUCUGCCAAUGAUUCUCCAGCAGUGUCAGUGGGAGCAGAUCAGACAGCUGAAAAAAACAAAAUUAAAUCUAAGAAUAAGGGUCAAAAGAGCAUGUCCACAAGAGCACAGACAACUCUAGAUCAGAGUGCUACUAUGGACCAGAAUGCAAACAUAAAAAGCAGCAAAGGCAAUCAAAAGGAAACAGAUCAUCAGGGCAUGGAACCACUGAAGAAUUACAGUUCCAGUGGAGAUUCAAUGAUGAAGGUUGAGCACAGUGAGAAGCAGCAGUCUGCUCAUGCUAACCAGAUGAAUCCAGAAUCCAAAAAAGUAAAUGAAAGCGGCAAUACAGAAACCAAUAAGGACAACCAAAAAAAAAAUCAGAAUGAGGAACCACAGAAAUCAUCACUGGACAUGGUGUUUGGCCCACAGAGUAAUUUAAAGAAGAAUCACAGUUCCAGUGGAGAUUCAAAGUUAAAGGAUGAGCACAGUGAGACGCAGCAGUCUGCUCAUGCUAACCACAUGAAUCCAGAAUCCAAAAAAGUAAAUGAAGGCGGCGAUACAGAAACCAAUAAGGACAUCCCAAAAAAAAAUAAGAAUGAGGAACCACAGAAAUCAUCACAGGAUAUGGUGUUUGACCCACAGAGUAAAUUAAAGAAGAAUCAGGGUUCCAGCAGAGAUGCAGCAGUGAAGGCUGUGCACAGUAAGAAGCAGCAGUCUUCACAUGAAAAGAAAGAUUCUGCUGCUGACCAGAAACACAAUAAAAAUGACAAUACAAAAAGUCAGUGUGACGUGCCACCAAAAAGGAAUCCAGCAUCAGCUCAACAUAUAAGUUCCAGUGACAGACUGACAAUUUACUUUCAUGCAGUCUUGUCAAAAGACUUCAAAUUUAACCUAGAAGAAGAUCUUAUCUUCAUAAGGGCCGGUGGUUGCCUUGGUGACUGGGAAAAUAAUUUGGUCGAGCUGUCUGUGUCACGGGAUCUCGGUGAGCAUGGAUUUCUUAUCGAGGGGAAAUUCGUAUGCAAGAAGACCAGUGCAGAAGCUGUGUCCAUACCAUACAAGUAUGUUGUAUAUAAAGCAAAAAAGCAGAAGUAUGAGUAUGAAUACAUCUACAAACUGGAUUCAAAUGAAACCACCAACAGAUGUUUGUUUGUCAAACCACGUCUCCUAAAUGAUGAAGGAGAAUGGCAUCAGUAUGACGAUAUCAUCUGUGUAGAACCUUCUAAGAAUAUGUUGAAACGGCUCAAAGAUGCUUUUUGGCCUGAUCAGAGGAAAGAUGUAAUUCAGGGGAGAGAAAUCGCUGGUAUAGUCAUGCUGGAAACUAUUUUUGACCUCCUGAGAAACUGGGGCAAAAUUAACCUCUACAGCUUCUUUAGUCAGCUGCGACAAUUUUAUGAAGUUUAUGGAAACCCUUUUGUAUUUGAAAAGACAGAAAUGAAGUGGUACUCACUCAAUUACGAUGAAAAAGAUGUGAGCAAGCUUCUGAAGCAGUUCAUGCUUCAGCAGGUGACUCCAGAGUUACAGAAAGACAGCAAAGAAAGGAGUACUUUCAUCAAGGAGCCACUGAAGGCUGCUCUUAUUAUGCUCUAUGUGUGGAAACAGUAUCAUCUAGAAUUAGACAACGGGAUUCUUUCUCGUCUCUGCACUGCCCUUUGCCUGCCGAAAUUACCUAAGGAUGAGUUCCUGUCUUUCUGGGCUGACAUAAUGGAAUCAUUCUCAGUGAUAAAAAACUUGUCUGAGAUGGUGGAGGCACUGAUCCUCAGAGUGAGAGCUGCCAACAUGAUUAGAUGGAUCAUCGUAAUUCCACUACUGCAUCUUCUCAAAGGCACCUCAAAACCAUUUGAGCCAGUGUUUAUUAAGGUCAACCUACAAUUUCAGCAGAACUGGGCUGGACUGCAGGGACUCAAAUCAGCUAAUAUAACUUACCCCGGAAGCCAAGAUAGAAGGGCGAUGUUGAAUCUCAUGGAAACACAUGGACAUUUGGUGGAGGUGGACAAACUGCUGGCCAGAUCUUGGAUGUAUCUGAUACUAGAUGAGUUGGUCAAGUGCAGCUCCAUCAUCCAUGCAGAACUCUUGGACAUCCUGCAGCUUUUCACCAUGAAAUGUCCCGAUGAUAUAUGCUACAGCACUUCCACCAGUGUAGCGGAUACUCUGGCAUACAUUCAAAGUAACUUGCUUGAACAACGAUACAGUUGUCCCAGUGAGGAUUAUGGCAUUCAGUGUGUACAAGCAACAUGUAAACUUCUAGAGAAGAUCUGCAAAAGAAUUAAUUACUACAGUCAUGCACAAAAUUUCACUGAUAUUCCUGUUGGUUGCAUGAACCUAGUGGCCUCCGUAUCAGGAUUUGCCCAGGCGAGACAACAAGCUGACACUUUUCCUGAGAAGACUCUUGUGUUACUCAAUGAGGCCAAGAAAUCUGUGAGGACAUGGAUCAGACAAACUUUCAAAGGCAGACUUUUGGACAGUAGCUAUAUGUCGGCUGUCAGAUUCACAACAGAGAUUGAGAUGUGGAAUAAUAUUAUAGCCAUAGAUUUCAUGAGUAAGGACUUCACUAAAGAAUGGAGAGAGACAUUUACACUGGACUUUGAGGGGAAAUACCAGCAGGAAGAUAAUCUGGAUCAAAUUGAGGUUUAUUGCUCAAAGAUUGAGAAACUUAAUGGCUCCCAGCCUUAUUUGGUGGAUAGUGUAGAGAAGUGUGCUCUCCAGGCUGUUACCACAAUAUGCCAGACUAAAUCUGAGGGAAAACUUUUUGAGAGAUUCAAUAAAUUGCGGAUUAACUGGAAAUUUGGAAAGCUUGUAUCUACCAUCAUCCUAAAGUCCUGGCCAAAAGAUGACAGAGGAACCUAUCUGCAGGAAGAAGUUGUUCUCAACCAUCUUCUGGGCUGGACUGCAGCUAAGAAUAUCUUUCAGCUUCAUGGUGCUGAUGAAAAACUGAUCGAUCAGCUUACUAACGAGGCUAAAGAGAAAUUUGCCAUGGCAACCUCAUUAUUCGCAAACAUUUUAAAUCAAGUCAUAACAGGAAAAAUAACGAUAAAGCUACUCAAUCACAUACUGCAAAAGAGGAGUGCUUUCUUUGAGCUGCUUAAUUUAGACUGUUUUUGUGAAAAUGAACAAUACAAGGACACCAUUGCCAUGAGGAGACUUCUUCAGUCUAGACAAGAGGAGGUGAAGGCUAUUGAUCAUGAGAGAGCAUUAGUAAAUGCUCUCAUAACAAUGUGCCGCAAUCUGCAAGAGCAUGUGAUGGUUGAUUUUGAAGGGUUGGAAGAAAAGCAGAAAAUUGACAUUGAUGAGAUGUACCUGGACGAGUUUAUGGAAGUUCAUUCAUUAAAUCAGAUUCCCUCUGAAAUGUCGGGAGUAGUCACCUACUUUGACCUUGAAGAUGAUGUUCGAUCAGUGGCAGAGGUUCUAAACCGCUAUAAAGACAGCUACAUUUUCAAAUCGUGUUGGGUGAAACAGGCAACUUUGUUUGUAGAGAAUGCUAAAGAUGAUGGAAUUAUUCCUUCAGAGGAGGAAUUGGUUAUCACACUCGAAGAUCUUUAUAGUGAAAUAUUUGAACCAUGUUAUGAUGCCUACAAAAACAUAUACACAAGGCUUAAAGAUGGUAGCAUAACGUUUGAAGAAGUUGAUGUAACAUUCAAAGCCUACAAGGGAAAAUAUGAUGAACUGGAAUUAGAAGUUGCAAUUAUAUGCAAACUGAAUCGCAAUGAUGACCAACGCUGGGUCCAGACACGAAUCCAACAGAUCGAGCAGUACCAUGAGCUCCAUCUGGCAGUAGAGGCAGCUCAGGUGGUCAUGAUGGUCAAACAAACACUCGGCCUACAAGGAGACUUUCAAGUUUUGGAGAAGUUGCUUGUUACUACACACUUGGAUUUUAAACAGGAGCGUCUUGACAGCAUAGACAAUGAGUUGAUGCAGGCAAAAGCUGUGCUUGUGGACAUCACAGAGUCCCGUAGACUGUGCCUUAAAGAGCUUGGCCUCAGAAAGAAUUUUGUUAUUUGGGUUAAAGAGGCUCUUGAAGACAUAAAUGAGUUGAAAGUCUUUGUGGAUUUGGCUUCCAUCUCUGCCGGAGAGAAUGAUUUGGAUGUGGAUCGUGUGGCCUGUUUUCAUGAUGCAGUUCUUGGCUACUCUUCAAUGCUCUAUGAUUUGAAGCCAGAUGCUGGCUUCAAGCACUUUAAAGAAAUGCUGAAGAAACUAUGGAAGGCACUUAACAAUGAUCCCAACCUCCCAAAGAAAUUGUGUGACUCUGCAAGACACAUAGAAUGGUUGAAAACAGUCAAGGAGAGUCAUGGGUCAGUGGAGCUGUCCUCUCUAUCUCUGGCAUCGGCUAUCAACACAAAAGGCAUCUACAUUAUCAGUGCACAAAAUCAAAAGAAGUUGUGCUUAGAAAAUAUUCUGAAGCUACAUAUUAUGGAAGAGCAUGAUGAGGGCUGUGAGAGGCGUAUCUAUUCUCUGGAAGACCUCAGAGAUCUUCAGAAUAAAUUGAUGCUAAUGUCUGGCAAAGGAGAUCAGGGCCAGUGUGAAGUUGAUCAGUUUUCAGAGGUCUUUGCCAGUGUACAGAGGUUGGGCUCUGUAUUCAUUGAUUUGUUUGUCGCUGGAAAUCCAUUGUUCAGACACUGGGAGGCAAACAUUAACUGUAAUAGUAAAGAAGCAUGCAUCAUUAUGGACUUCAAUUUAGGGAAUGUUGUCAAUGUCGUCAUGGUGGAAGGUAAUGUCACAGAACAGUUGCCGGAAGUCUGUAAGAAAAUGGAGAGCUGCCUAUGCUUCUGGAAAGAUUUUAUGGACAAGCAGAGAUCUCAGCAUUAUUUCCUAAACUAUUAUACUGCAGAACAGGUAGUCUACCUGUGCCAUCAGCUCGCCCAGAGCAAUGUGGCUACAGUGGAAGAUCAAGUUCUUAUGAUGCUCUCCUUUAUCAAACCUAAUUGCACCACUUCAGAUUUGAGACAGGCUUGGCACAGGCUUCAGUAUGAAGUAAUUAAGAAGGGUCCUGAGCAAAAUGAUGACUUAGACUUUCAAACUUUCAUGGAAGUAUCCAGUAUGAUGGAGAAUGUGAGUAUUGAGGAGCCAUGCCUAUUGUUUGAUGACUUGACAAGCCAGUUGGGGGAUGAUAUUGGGUCAAAAAAGCUAGAUGUGAUUUGGAAUGCUUACAUGCGGAACAUGAACAAUUUUCUGCCAGACUCCCUUGAUGUCAGAAAUCUUGGAUAUCUACUUAAAAUUUUGGCCAACAGCCCCAGCGAACACGAGGGUGAUUCCUCACAGGAUGAGAGAACACAGUACAUUCAGAGAGAACUUCCAAAUGGAAUGGCUACUGGAAGACCAAAUCUAAUCAUCUGCCCUCCUGAAGAAAUUCUGAUAUCUUGCAUUUCAAUUUAUAUGAGCAGCAAGAAUGAGCCUCUACCAACCUAUGAUGAAGUACUCCUCUGUAGUGCUUCCACUCCAUAUGAAGAAGUGGAACUUUUCCUCAGGCGCUGUCUCUUUGCUGGCUACAGGGGAAAGAAAAUAUACACAAUGCUCUAUGUGGACCAACUUACCUAUGAAGUCAGCUACAAAGUAGAGCAAUUUUUUCAGCAUCAAAAUGCACGGAGCAGAAAAGAUUACAGGCUUGUGUUGGUCUGCAGCUCUAACAGAGAACAUGCAUACCUUCCUUCAGCUUUUAGUCAAUUUAGAUUGCACGUAAUUCCCCAAGAACCAAUAGUCAGUAUUCAGCGAUACCUUGUUAGGCAUUUUACAGUACCAGCUGAUAUAUCCAGUGCUGCUGCUGUGUUCAAAGACAGACAGUGUGUGGGAAUCGUAUCUUCAGAAAGAUCAGGAGUUGGAAAAUCACUUUACAUUAAACGAAUGUAUGAGAAAUUGAAGAAGAUCACAAAGAAGCCUUCACAGCUGAAGUGCAUCAGAUUAAUUGAGCCAAGAGUUGAUGAAAAUGUCAUCCUUCAGUCCUUGCUCAACAGCCCCAAGAAAAAGCUUUCAGUUUAUCAUUUAGAUGUCACCACCAUGGUAAAGAAAGGACUUCAUGAAUUUCUGUUCAGGCUGCUGAUCCUUGGAUACCUUAUGGACUCAGAAGGAAACAUGUGGAAAAGCAGUAAUAAGCACUUGUAUGUCAUCGAGAUAAUAAGACCUGGGACAUCCCAAAAUGAUCGAAGAGCUGGUGCAAAAGUUCCAUCUGCCUUCUUGGAUGUGUUUCCAAGUGUCUACUGCCGUCCACCCAAAGAGGUCCUUGAGUUAGAAAUGAGAAUGCAGGAAGAUCCAUCAUUAGAACAGGGUGAUGAUCCUCUAAUGGAUGACCAAGAGUUCCAGCGUGAGGCCUACCAACGGCCUUAUCAGUACCUGCAUCGUUUCUACAAUGGUGUCAAUUUGGAUGCUUUCAUGUCCCAAGGAAUUGAGGGAACUCAUGUUGAAUGCCUGCAGAUGUUGUUUGUGUACUGCGGCAUUGUAGACCCCUCUUGGGCAGAGUUGCGGAAUUUCGCUUGGUUCCUGAACUUACAGCUUUGGGAUUGUGAAAGAUCGGUCUUCUGUGAUUUUUCAUUCAUAGGGGACACUCUGUUGGGAUUCAAAAAUUUUGUUGUUGAUUUCAUGAUUGUCAUGGCAAAGGAUUUCGCCACUCCUUCACUUAGCAUCUCUGACCAGAGUCCCGGGAGACUGCACAAUGACCUUUCUUCUGCCAACGAAGAGGAUCUGGCUCCCUUUAGGAUAAGAAAACGAUGGGAGUCAGAACCACAUCCAUAUAUUUUCUUCAAUGAUGACCAUGAGUCCAUGACAUUCAUUGGCUUUCAUCUUCAGCCAAAUGCACAGAAUGGGAUUGAUGCAAUUGAUCCAUCAACAAACAGAGUGAUCAAGCAGAACAUCAUGACCAGAGAGCUCUAUGAGGGCCUCAAACUACAGAGAGUUCCUUUUAAUAUUGAUUUUGACCAGCUCCCAAGAUGGGAGAAAAUUGAGAGACUUUCCAGGGUGUUGGGAAUACAGUGGCCUCUUGACCCUGAUGAAACGUAUGAGCUCACCACAGAUAACAUGUUGAAAAUGUUGGCAAUUCACAUGCGCUUCCACUGUGGGAUUCCUGUAAUAAUCAUGGGUGAGACAGGAUGUGGGAAAACCAGGCUAAUCAAAUUCCUUUGUGAGAUGCACAGAAGUGGAGUUGCCACUGACAACAUGAAACUAGUCAAGGUUCAUGGAGGGACAAGCUCAGACAUGAUUUACACCAAAGUGAGAGAAGCAGAGGCCAUGGCAUUAAGAAACAAGCUGGAUUAUGGGUUUGACACUGUGUUGUUUUUUGAUGAAGCAAACACAACGGAGGCCAUUAGCAGCAUUAAGGAAAUCCUUUGCGACAACACUGCUGAGGGACAGGAUUUGACAGGUGACACUGGCUUGCAAAUCAUUGCCGCUUGCAACCCAUACAGGAAACACACAGAUGUAAUGAUCAAGAGAUUGGAGUCAGCUGGUUUGGGAUACAGAGUUCGUGCUGAGGAAACAGAUGAAAAACUUGGAUCCAUUCCACUUCGCCAGCUAGUGUACAGAGUGCAGGCCUUACCACCUAGUAUGAUUCCACUAGUUUGGGACUUUGGACAGCUCAAUGACCAUACUGAAAAAAUGUACAUCAAGCAAAUAGUCGAAAGGGUAGCUGAAACCCAUUCCAUUGAUUCAGACUACAUCACAACCAUUACAGAUGUUCUGUCAGCCUCACAGAAGUAUAUGCGAACAAGACAGGAUGAAUGUAGUUUUGUGAGUCUGAGGGAUGUAGAGCGUUGCAUGCAAGUUUUUGGCUGGUUCUACAAAAAUCACCCAAUGUUACUCUCAGAGCUUGACCAGUUUGAGAGUAAUCAGAGGGCAGAGAAAAACGAUCAGCAUCAGAGGGAUACUGAUGAAAGAAACCCAAUUCUUUGGUCAUUAAUUAUGGCUGUUGGUGUAUGUUACCAUGCUUGCUUGGAGGAUAAAGAGAAAUACAGAAACAUUUUUUGCAGGUACCUUCCAGAGACCUACACCCCAAUGAAAGUGAUGCAAGAAAUCUCAGUUAUUCAGGAUCUUUUUCUGAGUGGUGUUCCACUGGGUGAAAACAUUGCCCGAAACAAUGCCUUGAAGGAAAAUGUCUUCAUGAUGGUGAUUUGCAUUGAAUUACGAAUACCUCUCUUUUUGGUUGGAAAACCUGGAAGCUCCAAGUCCUUGUCUAAAACUCUGGUUGCAGAUGGCAUGCAAGCCCAAGCAGCCCAUUCUGAUCUGUUUAGAAAACUGAAGCAGAUUCAUCUUGUUUCCUUCCAGUGCAGUCCUCAUUCAACACCAGAUGGUAUCAUCAAUACAUUCAAGCAAUGUGCCCGUUUUCAGGAAGGCAAGAAUCUAUCAGAGUAUGUCUCAGUGGUAGUUCUAGAUGAGAUAGGCUUGGCUGAGGAUUCCCAGAAAAUGCCUCUGAAAACUUUACAUCCUUUGCUUGAAGAGGGAUGCAUAGAUGAUCAGCCGGUACCACACAAGAAGGUGGGAUUCAUCGGUAUCUCGAACUGGGCUUUGGACCCAGCCAAAAUGAAUAGAGGGAUAUUUGUUUCACGUGGUGAUCCUGAUGAAAAGGAGUUGAUUGAGAGUGCAAAAGGAAUAUGUUCCUCGGAUGCCAUGAUCCUUGAAAGGAUGAGAGAUUACUUUCAGCCAUUCGCCUGUGCUUACCUGAACAUCUGUAAGAAACAGGGAAAAGGGUUUUUUGGCCUGCGAGACUAUUACAGCUUGAUAAAGAUGAUGUUUGCCGUUGCCAAAGCGAAUGAUCAGAAACCUAGUGCAGAGCAGAUUGUGAAGGCUGUGCUGAGGAACUUCAAUGGCAAGGAUAAUGUGGAUGCUGUCACAGUUUUCACCAACAGACUAAAUAUCAAACCCAAGCUUGAGACUACCAGUGCCAUUGAGCUUGUAAGAGAGAACAUCACAGCCAUUGGACAAGAUGAGGAAUGCAGAUACCUUCUGGUUCUGACCAAAAACUAUGCAGCCCUUCAAAUUCUUCAGCAAACAUUUUUUUCAGACCAGUACCAACCAGAGAUUAUCUUUGGUUCAAGCUUUCCGAAAGAUCAGGAGUAUACUCAGAUAUGCCGCAACAUUAACCGUGUCAAGAUCUGUAUGGAAACUGGUCAAACCGUUGUGCUUUUGAACUUGCAGAACUUGUAUGAAAGCUUGUAUGAUGCCCUCAACCAAUAUUACGUUAGCCUGGGAGGCCAGAAAUAUGUGGAUUUGGGGCUUGGAACCCACAGAGUCAAAUGCAGAGUGCACAGAGAUUUCAGGCUCAUUGUAAUUGAAGAGAAGGACAUUGUGUACAAGCAGUUUCCCAUUCCAUUGAUCAACAGAUUGGAGAAACAUUAUCUUGACCUCAAUACUGUACUAAAGAGUGAGCUAAAUGACCUUGUUGAGAAGCUUGAACAGUGGGUUCAAUGCUUAAUUUCUGCUAGAGGCAAGCACUCAAUUGCUCCCCAAGCACGCCGUUACCUUCCAGCUGAUGCUUUCAUUGGCUACCACUCGGACACUUGUGCAUCUGUUGUACUGCAAGUUACAGAGCAACUCAAAGGGCAGGAGCUCUCAGAUCCUAGAAAAGUGAUCUUAGAUGAGGCUAAAUUGAUCCUUUUAAACUGUGCAACACCAGAUGCUGUGGUUCGGCUGGACUGCACUUUGCUCUCCAAUGUAGAAAGUGAGCACUUGUCAAGGGUAUACUUUGAAGAUCAGAAGCACAGUUCCCUUGCUGACUUCAUCCUUUCUCACACACAGCAAGCAGGGCCUAGCCAUGCCUUUUUCACAGAGGUGACUACAUUCUCAAGGCUUCUGACCUCUGCAGAAACUGAACAGCUACAGAACGUAGUUCAAAACAUAGAGCUCCUCUCACUUCAGCAAUUUGACACGGAACACUCAUUCCUCAAGAAAAUCAAGAACUAUUUGGAAAACACCACUGGGGACAAGAUACUUAUUAUCCAAACCGAUUUUGAUGAAGGCUCCCAAAGGUUGAAUGUCAUUGCUUCUGCGAAGUAUUCUUCUAUCAAUGAGAUCAACAAAUUCAGAAAAGAGGACAAUCAAAAGGUUUUUGUGUACUUCAUCACUAAACUACCCAGAAUGGACGGUGGAACUUCCUACAUUGGGUUUAAUGGCGGGCCAUGGAAAUCAGUCCACAUUGAUGACCUCAGAAGAUCAAAAGAUAUUGUCUCUGAUAUAAAAGCCUUGCAAUGUCUGACCAUUAGCCAGUUGUUUAAAGAGGAAGCAGAUGAGCCUGAAGCUAUGGAGGUUGAGGAGAUGUACAUGGAAGAAGAAGAAAAGAUGGAGCUAGAAGACAAUACUGGCUGGAAGAAUAUUUUGGACACCACAGCACUAGUGCGAAGCUGUGUUCAGAGUGCAGUUGGCAUGCUAAGAGAUCAGACAGAGGCAAGCACCCGUAGCACCAAGAGAGUAGAGAUUCUGCUAAUGCUCUUGGCUGACAACCAGACUCUACACGCUGAAUUUCUAAAAACUUUAAAGAAGCGACUUCAUUUUCUGUUGAUGACUCAUGAUGAAAACACAAUCUCUGCCAAGAGCUGGGUCUCAAAGGAAGCACUAAAUACUGAUGCGUUGCAAGAAGGUGGGACUUUUAGACAUGCCCUGUGGAGGCGAGUUCAAGCAGUAGUAACUCCCUUCUUGGCGCAACUUGUUUCAAUUAUUGACCGUGACUGCAAUCUAGACCUCUUGCUGGAUAGAAACUCUGAAGAAUCUUUGAAGAAACUGUGGUUGGACGUUUUUGGAGAUUUCAAGUUACUAAAUGUUCCUUACACAAGAGUGGAAAACAACUCAGAGACGAAGACAAUCUUGGUUCAGAACUACAUUGCAAUCGACAGGAACAUGGGUUGCACCUUGCCUUUCAGCUGGAGGAUUAAAGAUUAUCUUGAGGAACUCUGGGUGCAUGCUUUGCAGCGAGAAGGACACACUAUAAAGCAAUUUGAAGAGAUCUUUUGGAAGACGCCCUUGGGCAGGUACAUCUCUGAAGCAACCCAAGAGAUGCAGAUGGAGUUUUUCCACAGGUAUCUCCAGGAUUUCAUCUCCAUAACCAUGAAUGUAACAUCAGAGGUGGAUCUCAAGCUCUUACGGGGAGCCCUUACUUCUGGUGUACAUGAGCUUAGAGGCAGUCAGGAAGCACAUGAGAGUGAAGUCAUUUCUCUGGCAUGGGUUCAUGCUGCCUACCACCAUUUCAAGAACCGAAUACAGAACCUCCACAGGAUGAUCAGUAUAGAGCCUCAGAUUGCUCAGAUGCUAAUUGAUAACAGAUAUGCCAGAGAGGGCAUAGAAUUGGUGUUAGAUAUGUAUGCUGCUGUGGUCUGUAUUGAAUAUCUGGAGCCCCAGACUCUAGAUGGAGAUGUUCAGAGUCUGGCCUGGCUUAGACGUGUAAAAAAACUACAGGUGCCAAUUGAGCUGGUCUGCUGUGAGGAGAGCCUACGCCACUAUGGAGAGAAAAGAAAACAGAUGGUCACCCACAUCCAACAUGGCUGGCGUCGCAUUUGUUCUCUGGCCUUGUUUGUCGAGCACAUGCUGCUGGGUGUUGGAGAUGUGAUGUUGAAACUCAGGCCACUAGUUGUGGAACACACUCGACGCCUAGCACAAGUCUUAGAGCAGGACUCAAACCUCAAAAAGAGGCAUCCGUUUGAGGCAGUGAUCACCAUACUCAAAGCCUGCAAAGAUGGAGCAUCUCAAAGCAUUUUCAGGUUUGGCAUUCAACUUUGUCCAGUGUGCAUGGGAGACCCUCAGGACCCUUUGAGUCUGCCCUGUGACCAUAUCUACUGCCUAACCUGUAUCAAACAGUGGCUGGUGCCUGGCCAGAUGCACUGCCCUCUGUGUGUACAGGAAGUGCCUGAUGGCUUUGAUCUCAAGGCCUCUGAUGAAAUACGGGAUCUCAUUAGUCAAAAUGCAUUGUUCAGAAUACGAUGCAAUGCUUUCUUCAUUGAUCUGGUCACCACUGUGUGCUUCAAGGACAACACUCCUCCCAGCAGAGACAUCAUCCUCCACCUGUUGUCCCUCCUGAUGGUAGAGUCCUGCUCACUCCCUCAGAUCAGAGGGCGAGACCGGAGGUUCUUGACUAAGGCUCUUUCUCCCUUUGAUGACUCUUUCGAUAAAAAUCCAGUGGUGCGUUCAGUGGUGCUAAAACUCCUGCUCAAGUACAGCUUGGAUGAUGUCAAGAACUAUCUUCAGCAACAUCUGACAGAAGUUGAGCAAAGCAACAUCAUUGAGGAGACUGAUAAAACCGAGCUUUAUUCCUUGUACAUAAACUGUUUGGAGGACUCAAUGUAUGAUCGGACACAGUGGCAUUCUGUGGCGGAGCAGCAGGCCUGUUUACAGGAGGAAACUCAUUUUCUACUGGAGUUCCUUCACUCUGAUGCUGUGUCUACACACACUGCAUCUAUAGAGCACCUGCAGUGCAUGGCCAGAGUUCGACUGUGCCUGGAUAUGGGUGCUGGCCUGCUAAUGAAUAGAUUGACAAGUGCUGGUGUACAUGAUGAUCCUUCAGCUUUUAUCCCAGCAUUUUUGGACAGUGUGGUUGAUCUAUGCUGCCAGAGCAGGAAUGACUGGUACAGGAUUUACCUCAUCAGAAAAAUCUGCUGUCUUCAUGGGGUUGAAUAUGUCCAGAAACUUCUGCCACAGGAAGGGUUCAAGUGGCUGUUUCCUCAGGAGAUUCUUGAGUCGAAUCAAGAUGACAGUCAAAUUGACCAGUAUCUAGCAUGUGGAAUGGACUACAAAACUAUUCGAGAUGCAGUAGCCAAAGGCAUGCUAGAUUGCAACAUGAACGGAAUACAGAAAGCUAUUAAGGAUUGCAACUGCACACCCAUGAAGAAAGCUGUUUAUCUGCUACUGGCUUUGUUCAGAGAAGUCACCUCCCUGUACAGAAGUGGAAACCCCAACAUGCACCCUAAACCUGCGCAAUGUGCUGGCCUUGAAGAUUUUAUCAGAAGCUCAGAUGUCUUCAUCAAUAACGAAAUGAGAGCAUUUGCUCAAGCGCUGGUGAAAAAUAAUCUGCGUGCUCUGCAUGUACAACCACAGACGUCAGGCAGAGAAUUUAUGCUGUUAGAGGUCACAGUUCACAUGGCUGCAGUCCUGCUGUGUGGAAAUCUGCUUUUACUUCAGCCACUGCAGCGGCUGGCACUGUCCCCAAACAACAUGAUGGCUUCUUUCAUCCCAACUAUGCCUGAUGACAUGUUGGCAGUUGCCCAGCAGGCCAUGGGACAACUUCAGUGGUAUUUCUGUCCUAAUGGUCAUCCAUGCACUGUUGGUGAGUGUGGUCGACCCAUGGAGGUUGGUCGGUGUCCGGACUGUAAUGCACCAAUAGGUGGUACCAACCACAAUCCUGUUCAAGGCUUCCAAGCCAUGCAGAGACAAGGGGACCGUACUCAGUCGGGACACAUUCUGGAUGAUGCACAGCGGCGUGACCAACCUGACAUGCAGGACACUAAGAAUAUGUCACCUGCCCCCUUCAUAUAUAUAUAUAAAAUAAAUCAUCCCAUAUUCUUGAAUGUUUCUCUUAAGAGUGUCAGGCAGAUCAUCAAGCCUGCUGUGCUGGAUCCUGGUCCAUUCCUGAUGGCCCAUCUUUUGAAGGACAUGGAGCAGCUGAGCAGAGCUCUAGGCAAAGGGCUGGAUGAUACAGUCGGUACAAUCCAUUUGACCAUCCACAGUCUACUGGAUCCCCAUCAGUCCAGCCAGUGGCCUGUUCCUUAUGAUCCAAACCUUUUCACUAAAGAUGCAAGAAAUGGAUGGGAAAAUGCUAUGAAUACUGAUGUUAUCACACAUCAGCUGAAAGUUUUGGAGCUUCAGCUAAAGGAAGUGAAUGCCUUCAUCAGGAAAGAUGAGCGAGUGUCUUCUAAUCCAGUGAUGAAGUUGGCAUUUGGCAAACCAGGGCUGUUCCUGCGCUCUCUGCCCCAGAACUCCCUCAUCCAUAAUUCAUCCAUCUGGAGCUGCAGGAGGAAGGUCUCAAUGUUGAGUCUGACCCACAUUGUGGAGCAAAACAGUGGCCGGGACACCUUGCCAGUGCUCUGGAAGUUCCUUCAGAGGGAAGCAGAGCUACGGAUGGUGCGGUUCCUUCCGGACAUCUUGGUUCUCCAGAGGGAUUUGGUAAAGAUGUUCCAUAACAUGACAGAGCUUAACCACAACACCAUUGGCGAGUUCCUGCAAAAUCAGAAAGCAGCUUCACUCACUGCUUGGUAUGAAAAGCGCAUAAAAAAAUUUAUAUCAACUUGGAACCAAAUCAGGGUAUCUCUGGCUACCACAGGAGAGAUAAAGCUGCCGGACGAUUACACUCGGGAGGAACUGGGUCUGGACGCAGACCUGCAGGUUCUGCUGCCGCAAAGAAGCGGCCUGGGCCUGUGCUCCACUGCCCUCGUCAGCUACCUCAUCACCCUGCACAACGACCUUAUCUACACUGUUGAAAGAUACACUGGAGAGGAGUCUGGUUACACGGUAAGCCCAGCUGACCUGACAGAGCUGCACGUGAUCCGUUAUGAGUAUGAGCGGGAUCUUCUGCCUCUGGUGCUGUCCAACUGCCAAUAUAGGAUGGAGCGUGGGCAGGAAACCCUGGAGGACUACGACCUACCCAAGAUUCAGCAGCAGAUCCUCACCCGCUUUCUACAGGGCAAACCACACAUCACCCUUAAUGGUAUUCCGACACUGGUGAACAGACAAGACAGAAAUUAUGAGAUCAUAUUUAAAGAUGUUAAGGGCAAAGUUCAACAAGAGUCUUUGCAGCCUCUGACACAGUACGACCUUGUGAAGGAGCUGCAGUCCUACAGUGACGUGUGUGAGGCCCUGUCCACAGUUGAACUGGCCAUGGGUUUCCUCGCCAUGACGGGGGGAGAGCCACACAUGCAGCUGGCCACUUAUUUGAAGGAGGUGCUGCAGAUGACUGACCACAAGGCCCCACAUGUCUUCAAGGCAUUAAGUAGGUGCAGCCUGAAACACUGUGUGAUGUUGUGGCAGCUGCUCAGCUCUCUGAAAUCAGAGACAAUGCUACGUCUGAAGAGGGACCCGUUUGUGGGCAUCAGCAAAGAGUACAAACAUCCUUUGCAGGAGGAACACAAGAUACUGCUCACUAGUUUUUUCACAAAGUCCAGCGCUGAUGCCUUCCUGUUGGAGAUGCAUGAGUUUCUGCUUUUGGUCCUGAAGAACCCAAAAGCCAUGGACACCUUUAGGCCUGACUGGGGUCUUAAAGACACUGUUGUGUCCUACAUGGAGCGUAAAGAUCUGGACAUUCCUCCUGAGGUGGACGAGUUCUUCCCUGAAGAGAUCCUGCUCUCACAAUACACCGACACAUGGAAGUUCUCUGUUCUUCUCAGACAAGAAAGAAACCAAAGAUAGAUUCUGGAUGAAGUGCUUCUGUUGUCUUACCCAGUCACUCUCAUAUCAGGGAAAACUUUGAUUUGAUUUACAAAUGACAUCAGUACAGACUUUUAAAAAUAGUGCCUUUUGUGCACCUGAGGAACAGUAUGCAGCACAGUAUGCUGCUGCAUAUUUGCUUCCUUAUAUACAGCACUUUAUACUGUAAUAUUGCUUGAAGGGUUUUGGGACCGUAAUAUUGUACAAUCUGUCAAAGUAAUCUCUCGGAUAGUUAGCAAGUACAAUACAACUUAUUACAAAGUAUAAAAAGUUCAAAACAGUCAAAUACUUUUCUGUAAUUUUUUUGUGUUUUGUUUUUGAAGUUGCUAACGGUUGUUUAACUAUUCCUUCUUUAUUUGUUUACUUGUUACUUUAAGAUACAUACACUCAUUUGAGAAUGUGAACUGUUGAUUGUUGAAAUAUACACUCCACAUCAUGAGCCCAGACCUGGGCCCCGAUCUCCGUACCUCGCUUAAUACAUCUGAGAUGAUUUGAAAGAUACCAGAUCUUCUAAUCGUGAUAACUGAU